AUGCGUUACACCGGCGAAGAAGCGGAAGAAGUGGUGGUGAAGACAAUGCCGUCCUAUCACUCGACGCUGACGUCCAGCAAAUCCAUAGCAAACAUCUCUUUACUCACGUUUCGGACCAAAUUCAGAGGACCCGUCGUUUCCCUCAACUCAGACCACCUGGGAAAGGAGGACUUGAAUGACAUCGAUAUCGUGGAUGAGGCCAUCCUUUACUUCAAGGCCAACGUCUUCUUCGCCUCCUAUGAGAUCCAAAGCGAUUCCGAUCGAGUCAUCAUUUAUUUGACUCUUUAUAUCAUUGAAUGUCUGAAGAAAAUCCAAAAGUGCCAUAACAAGAACCAAGCGAUCCAAGAGUUGGCUCAGUUGGCGAUCACUCGGUUCGACAUUCCCGGCGAUCCACGCUUUCCACUCAAUUCAAUGUUUCAGAAACCCAAGAAUGGCGACGAAGCAGAAUUGAUGCGCUCUUAUAUCCAACAACUGCGACAGGAAUGCGGUCAACGUCUGGCCAAUCGGGUCUUCGAGACGGAUAACGGGCCGCCGUCUAAAUGGUGGACAUGUUUUGCCAAAAGGAAA